CUCUCUGGUCUGCUGUGAAAGGUAAUACUGUGUCAUCAGAGCCGCGGGCUGAGCUGGAGUCGGUGCAGUUACAGGAUUGCUCAAUGGUUGUGUCACCAGGAGGCUGGACUGGUCGGGCGGAGUGUUUGAGCUCAGAGCUCAACAUCACUGGAGCUCAGCUCACUCACUCUCAGCUGAGUGUGAGGCAGCCUCUCUCUCUCUCUCCCUCUCCCUCUCCCUCUCUCUCUCUCUCUCUCUCUGUCUCUCUCUUUAACUGGGGGCUCUGAUGAUCGGAAUUUUCUCACCAAAAGCACACAGACCUCAGAGCCACGAGCAGCCAGGAGGACCCGGGUUGGAUUAUUACCGGAGAACUUUCAUUUAUCCAUCAACUCUCAUGAGUGCGAGGCGGAGGAAUGGAGCGCUCAGCCUGUAGUUUAUUCUAACAUCAGAGGGACUCAUCCUAAACAAGGCACCGUCUCCGCUUAUUUUUUUAUUUUUUUAUAUAUAAAUAGAUUUUUUUCUUCUUGUGUUGUUCGCUGCCAUGGUGAACCGGCCUGUCAGGAUGAACUUGCAGUGGAGCAGACCGGCGCACUGCAUCCGCACCGGGCGAGUCGCGCACAAGCGGCUGGACUCGGACGACCAGCCGCCGGCCAAGUGCGCGCGGCUGAGCGCCGCCGAGGCGGGCGACGCGCACACGCAGGGGCUCCUCGGCACCUCUCCCGGAUCCCCCGUCGCCCCCGCGUCGCCCCCGGCGUCCGCCGGCCACCAGGGUCCGACCCGGAUAGGAGCCUUCCUCCUCCUGCCGCUGGCGGACCGGGACGGCACGCACAGCGCCAUGGACGCGGACACGGGCGACGAGCUGCUCUGCAAGGUGUUUGAUAUGGGGGUAUACCAAGAAAAGAUCCGGGCCUACGGGAUUCUACCGGCCCACAGGAACGUGGCCGGCAUCAGGGACAUCAUCCUCGGUGAGCGCAAGGCGUACGUCUUCCUGGACAAGGACUUUGGGGACAUGCACACCCUGGUGAAGAGCUGCCGGCGGCUGGACGAGGAGCACGCCUGCAGGCUCUUCCGCCAGGUGGCUCUGGCCGUGGCGCACUGCCACCAGGCCGGCAUCGUGCUGGGCGACCUCAAGCUGCGCAAGUUCGUCUUUGCAGACGAGAAAAGGACACAGGUCAGACUAGAAAGCCUGGAGGACUGCCGCGUUCUGGAAGACCCCGGCGACGACUCCAUGUCGGACACCCACGGCUGCCCCGCCUACGUCAGCCCGGAGAUCCUCAGCGGCUCCACGCCGUACUCCGGCAAGAUGGCCGACAUGUGGAGCCUGGGGGUCAUGCUGUACACCAUGCUGGUGGGCCGGUACCCCUUCCACGACCCCGACCCGGCCACCCUGUUCUCCAAGAUCCGCCGGGGCCAGUGCUGCUUGCCGGAGGGCCUGUCGCCCAAAGCGAAGUGCCUGCUGCAGAGCCUGCUGAGGAAGGAGCCCUGUGAGAGACUGACGGCGGCCGAGGUGCUCGCCCACCCGUGGUUCCACCUGACGCCGUCGUCCCAGGAAGUGGCUCUGGGAGAGCAGGAAGUGAGCACGGCAGAACAGACGGUGCCGUCCUUUGAGGUGGAAGAGGACGACGACUUGUUCUGCUGACAGGCUCAAUUCAGCCAAGUCUGAUUGAGGGACCAAAACUAAACCUGCAACGGGGGAUUCAUUGUUUUUUUUUUUUACAUUGUCACUUUUUAGAAACCCAUUUGUGUACUGUUGUGUGUACAUACACCCUCAAGCUUUCUACAAGAACUUACUGUACUGUAUUUUGUCGUCGUAUAUGUUACUUGCUAAGGGCAUUGUUCACAAUGAUCACUCAUUGUGUCUCUAUACGUGUGUUUCUAAAAAUUAUUUGGUGCUAAAACAUACAGUAAUAACAAUGAUUCAGAAUUUGCCAGAUUAUGCUCGGAAGAUAAUCUCUGCAGGCUUCUCUACAUGUAUCACAGCAAUUUAACCCCCCCCGGCGAACGGUGGUCACCGCCGCUCGCUCCCGACUCUGAACUCGCGAGGCUUCGCUAAGGCUCUGGCUGAAUGUGGAGCAGGAGGCGAGCGGACCAGGAUGUUGUUCCUCUCACUCCCUGACCGGGCUGCAGGCUCCGCCGGGCUGACUCACCGAUUAAGCCGAGGACGGCCAAGCACGAGCUCGACGUCUGGAAGCAGACAGUGACAUAGAGUGAGAAAGAUGGCUAGCAGAGGACUGAUGUGUCAUCCUCAGCGGGACACUACGGAGGUGUCUCGCUUGCCAAUCUGGCAGCGUCUCAGCGAGCGGAGAGCAUUUACAAAUCUCACACCAGGCACAGAAGGUUGAGAAAGGCAGAGUGUUACUGGUGUAAGACUUGCAGGAAAAAAAAAAAUUAAACAAAAAAGCUUGUCACGCGCGCUCAGCGGCAGGCGGCGACACCAGGCUCAGAAAGAAGAAGAAAAAAAACAAAAAGCAAUGUACAUCUCAGUAAUCCUCCCAUUUGUAAAAGCAGUUUACCAUUUCUAAAGCAUGCUAAAAUCCUAAAGAGUUCAUGGCAAGGCCGCAUCCACACAGGAAGUAUUUAAUCUGUCUUCACAAGUACCAGUUAGGUGGAUCUGUUUAGCUUGUCUGUGUCUAAUUAGCUAAAGCUAACGCUAAGUCUCCCGGUCUGGGAGCAGCUCUGGCUGUUAACAGCGGGUCACAUGCCUCAGCAGCAGGGAUCAGCAGACCGCUCUGACGCCUGAAGGAAAAACUGAGAUUUUAACACGAAAAAAAAAAAAAAAAAGAAACUGCAUGGAGGAG